AUGUAUGUAGUGCCUCCGCCUCAGCGAUCCGAUUCGGGAUCCAACGGUGAUUUAAGGGUUUACCAAACUUGGAAAGGCAGCAAUAUAUUCUUUCUUCAGGGAAGGUUUGUAUUCGGGCCAGAUGUAAGAUCACUGGCGCUGACCAUCUGUCUCAUUGCUGUCCCUGUUACAAUCUUCUGUAUCUUUGUCGCGAGGAAGCUAAUGGAUGACUUCUCCGAUAGCUGGGGAGUAUCAAUAGUAGUUGUCGCCGUCGUGUUCACCAUUUAUGAUUUAAUUCUUCUGCUGCUUACAUCCGGAAGAGAUCCAGGUAUUAUCCCGAGAAAUGCUCAUCCUCCAGAGCCUGAAGGCCUUGAUGGCAACAUGGAUGCAGGGGCUGGCCAGACUCCGCAGCUGCGACUGCCUCGCAUUAAGGAGGUAGAGCUUAAUGGAAUCACAUUUAAGGUCAAGUACUGUGACACUUGCAUGCUCUAUAGGCCGCCUCGCUGUUCGCAUUGCUCAAUUUGCAACAACUGUGUAGAAAGGUUUGACCAUCACUGCCCUUGGGUUGGCCAAUGUAUUGGGCUGAGGAACUACCGAUUCUUCUUCAUGUUUGUCUUCUCCACUACCCUUCUCUGUAUAUUUGUGUUUGCCUUCUGCUGGGUCUAUAUAAGGAAGAUCAUGGAAUCAGAGCAUACAACCAUUUGGAAGGCAAUGCUCAAAACUCCUGCCUCUAUUGUUCUGAUAAUCUACACAUUCAUAUCAAUGUGGUUUGUUGGUGGCUUAACUGCUUUCCAUCUAUAUCUCAUCAGCACAAACCAGACUACAUAUGAGAAUUUCCGAUACAGAUAUGAUCGGCGAAGCAACCCACAUAACAAGGGAGUGAUCAAUAACUUCAAAGAAACAUUUUGUUCCUCAAUCCCUGCUUCAAAGAACGACUUUAGAGCUAUGAUCCAGCGUGAACCUCCGCUGCCACCUAGAUCCGUAGCAGGCGGUUUUAUGAGUCCAAACAUGGGUAAAGCCAAUGAUGACAUUGAAAUGGGAAGGAAGGCUGUUUGGGCAGACAUGGGUCCGGCAAUGUCAGAACAUGGUGACGGUAAAAAUGGUAACAAUGAGCGGUUACAUGUCAAGGACGGUGAAUUAGGCGAGCUAUCUCCAGACAUUAGGACAACAGUUGAUGAACAAAGCGAUAGGCCAGGUAUGCACCCGAGGCGCUCAAGCUGGGGAAGAAAAAGCGGAAGCUGGGAUAUGUCACCAGAAGUUAUGGCCUUAGCAGCCAGAGUAGGAGAACAAAACCAGAACGGUGGAGGAAGCAGCAGCGGAAGCGGUUUAGUGACCGAAAACAGGCCGACAUAG